UGCAUUGUUGAUAAGGUAACCUCAGCCUGACCUCGCUGUUUCCACCACAACCUCUCCUUUGUCUUUUGCAGUUCCAGUAUUCGUGUUUGUGCCAGCAUCUGGUGUGCCUUUGGAGGAGUUUUGUAUGCUGGGCACCGUCUCAUCUAGGUUGAUGUGUUGUUGGAAUGGGGUCCCAUACCUCAAAACCGCACGGUGCCUACGACCAGGCUGUGGAAUAUCCAACUGCAACUGCUCAAGUCUUGCAAGACGACAGCGAACUCAACAGAUACCCUUUCAUUCCACUAAAACAACCGCCAGUCGGUAAUCCUUGGCAAGAGAGUCCCAGCACCUUCCCGUCCGAGCUGCCUGAGCGUCCUCCUAAACACUCUCGAUUUUCUCUGCGAAGGUCCUCGCUCAAGGGCCUUCCACCGACUCCACCAGCCACUUCUCCGGCUCCUCUCUUUCCACUUUCUCCGCCACAAAGCACGAACUCCACCAGGUUUGAACCGGUGUCACCACCGAGCUCAGAUUUCGAUCCAACGGCGUCGCGAAUUACCCCACCGGCCUCCCCUGUCCCUGGAAGGUUUGGAAGGAAGCCCUUUCGCUUUGACAGUGUUUCACAGAACCUGAGAUCUGCUGUCUCCUCUCCCAAUCUCACCACCUCUUUCAAUGGCCGUAACUUUUCCCGUCCAUCACGAAGGUCACGUGGAUCUGAUUCACAUGAAAGCAUCUCAGCCCCAUCGCUGACUGACCUCCCACUACACCGGGAAAGACCAUCACCGUUUGGAAACAACAUUCCUCUAGAACAAGGAUUUUCCCGUCUUCAACUAGGUCGGAACGGCCCGCUCUCCCAACCUGAGACACCGUUAGUACCAAGCGCACCUGUCCCUUCACCUUGGCCCUUGCCUACUACAACACAACAAAAUAAUAACCACCUUCACCCAAUUGAAGAGGAUGCCACGGUGGGUGCAUCUCGUCCCGCCCGCCGGCGGCCAGCGAGGGAUAUUUCUGAGCCUUACCAGGAGCUAAGUAGAAGGAAUAUCCGUAAACACACACGCCGCACCCAAUCCGAGCAAACGUUAAAGGAGCUCCCUUCGCACAAUGAGUCUUUUGGCCAGGCAAAUGUGUCUUCUAAUAAUGGCUCUGCCCCGGAAACAUUUCCUUCGGCGAGCUCAUCCCGUAGUAGAACCGUUCCACGAGCCUCGCCUUCCGGCCCAUUUCCCGUGACAAGACGCCAUGCUCAGAAUCAAGAAAAAAUAGACCGGGAACUUGCAGAGCAGCUACAGCGCGAGGAAGACGAGGCUUACGAUCUCUACUCUUCAUUGGAACCAGCAAAUCCCCAAUCUCCACCAACUCGUGUCCACUCACCGCCUCAGUCGCCCGAUGACUUUUUUGAUAACCUAUAUUAUGAUGCUCCCGUGCUUCCUAUUCAGAAUCCAAGUGGAGGAGCUACGAGUAGCGGGACCCGAGAUGACCCUGUCUAUUCUCCGGAGGCAAACUUCGCUCGUGAGUUGCAGCAACGAUACGGAGACGAAAUUCCCUUACCAGACCAUGAGCGUGCGCAACAAGAAGAUACUGAUGCGCAAAUUGCUCGCCAACUUCAACAGGAGGAAGAGGAAAGGAGACAGCGAGAGACAUCACCUAGUUCACGGGACUGUGUGGUCUGCGGCGAAAAUACACCUAUUCCAGAAUUUCCCGCACUUGCUGAAUGCGCUCAUGAACCUGACAUCUGCGUUGAUUGUUUCAAGGGUUGGAUUGCUUCUGAGCUCAAUACCAAGUCUUGGAGUGAAAUCAAAUGUCCAGGGGAUGGAUGCAGGGUUAUCUUGAAGCACCACCACGUCCAACAGCAUGCCGACCCUGAGAUUUAUGAAAGAUUUGAUUCCUUAUCCGCACGAGAUGCACUUAAUGACGACCCCAACUUCCGCUGGUGCCGAGGUCCUGGCUGUAAGUCUGGCCAGAUUCAUCUCAGCGGAGAAGAAGGCAACAUUUUCCGCUGCAUUGCUUGUGGCUUCCGAGUCUGUGUGAAACAUGAAAACACCUGGCAUGAAGACGAGACUUGCGAAGAGUACGAUUACCGGAAGAGUGGGAAAAAGGAGAGAGAUCAGAAACAGCAAGAGGAAGCAAGUGUCAAGGCCAUUGGCGAACUCACGAAGCGGUGUCCGGGGAAGAGUUGCAAGUGGCCAAUUGAGAAGAAUGAAGGAUGCGAUCAUAUGACGUGUUCGAAGUGCCGUCAUGAGUUUUGUUGGAUCUGCUUGGCCCCUUAUGGCCCGAUCCGUGACAGAGGCAACUCAGCUCACAAGAAGCACUGCAAAUAUCAUUCGAGUAGGCUUAACUAGCAGCCGAUGAAGGGAUGCAGCGUAUAUUUUUAGCAUAGCAUUAACUUGGGAGACCUAGAAACACAUACAGGAACACUUAAGAAGUGGAGAGCGAAUUAAGCAGGAACCAUAUUUAUACCCAACUUGAGCGGGAAUCUUGG